AUGGACAAGCAGCAGAGCUCCUCCACCCGGGCACUGGAGAGGCAUCAGAGCUUCAAUGGGAUAGAGAGGCCGAGGACUAUUCGGUUCGGAGGGAUGGAGAAACAGAAGAGCUUCCGAGUCGGGUUGCUGGAGAAGCAGCAGAGCUUCCGGGAGAAGAAGAACAAGGGGAUUACUCAGAAGAGAGGGGAUUCCCCUCUUCAUCUGGCUUCUCGGGCAGGAAACUUGCUCCAAGUCAGGGAGAUUCUCUUGGGUGGCGCACAUAGCAGCCAUCUGAAUGCUCUGAUAUCUGCGCAGAACAACGACGGUGAGACUCCGCUGUAUGUUGCGGCAGAGAACGGACACGUGGAGGUUGUUCACGAGAUACUGCAGCAGUCUGAUGCCCAUUCAGCAUCUCUCAAGGCGAAGAAUGGCCUCGAUGCAUUCCACAUUGCUGCCAAACAGGGCCAUGUCGGUAAGGCCCUGGCACCCUGAUUGAUCUGAAUGAAAUUUGGCAUCUAACACGUUUUGAUCCACAGGAAUAUCUCGUUCCCCCUUUUUAUGGGUUUUUUGGUACCCUGUGGAGUAGAUUAAGUAUUUUCUAAUUAUUUUUUUUGCUGAUCCUUCUCUUUGCCGAAGCAAUUCCUUUUUUAUUUGACUAAUUAAUGUCUGUGUUUUAUAGCCAUUAACUUUUUGGGUUUUUAGCACACUUUUGUUUUGGUUUUUUUUUAUAAAUAUUUUGGAAUAGGUCCAGUCCUUUUAUUGACUCAUUUUUUUUUGGGUUUUUUAGCACACUGUGAAAUGUCUUCUCUUUGUCGAAGCAAUUCCUUUUUUAUUUGACUAAUUAAUGCCCUGUGUUCAACCGCCGUUGACUCAUGAUUUUCCGUGUUUCCUGUGUUAACUUUUUUGGGUUUUCAGCUUUUUUUUUUUUUUUUUUGGAGUAGGUCCAGUCCUUUUAUCGAGGCAUUCCCUUUUUUCCUUGCCUGAGUUUAUUGAAUGAUUCUAUAUUCGGAAAUUGUUUGCUGUUUUCCAGUUUUCUUUUUUAGGCUUUUAGCAUCCUUCGGGGGCGACCAAUUAUUUUUUCUGUUUUGGUCCAAAAAUAUGAUUUUUGGCCCAUAUUUAAUGUAUUAUUCUUGAUUGCUUUCCUUGUUGGGUCUCUUGUCUCUUGGCCUUCAAUUCAGUGCUAUGCAUGCUGUUCUUCCUGAUUCAUGAUCGUAUGCUAAUCUUUCUCCUGUGGAUUUCAUGAGAGAAUGUUACCUUUUUUUCUUUUUUCUUUUUUCAAAUGAGGACUAAAAUCAGCUAUAUUUUUAAUUGAUUUAAUUUCAAACGAUAAUUGGGACAGUUAUCAUAUCAGCUCCCUUGAAAAGUAAGUAGAAGAACACCCGAUCUUCUUGGAAGUCUUCUCGCUGGUGUUGAUCAUCUUCUAGUCCGGUUUAUGUGCGUUUCGAUGCAGACCCAGGCUCCUCAGAUGGGUUUUCCUUGUUUUGUCUAUAAUCGGCAAGAGGUUGACUUAUUUUAGUCAGAGGUUUUUUUUUUUGGUCUUCUGGGGCUGUCCCAAUAAUCUGGGCUUCUAAAAAAAGUCAGACAUUUGUGGUCGGGCAUGCUGGUUAUCCUUGUUUUGGUCUGAAUCGGUAAAGGGUUGACUUCUUUUAAGCUCAAGAUCUCCCAUUUUUUUGGCGGUCUUCUAAAAAGGUCUGCAUUCUCGAAGAAUAAAAAUAAAAAUCAGCAAGAGGGUUGACUUUAGACUUAUGCAGGUUUCCCUGCAGAUAUGGGGUUCUAAGGUAUCAGAAAUUUAUGAUCCGGCAUGCAAGUUUUCCUUUGUUUGUCCUUAAUAAAAUAAGUGGUUGACGUUUUGGGCUUUUGGGCACAGUUUCCUUAAUUUGACCUUAAUCAAAUAAGUGGUUGACUUCUUGGCUCAAAGUAUUCCUCUUUUAGCCAUAUCCUAAGCCGAUUGAUGUGGGUCUCUCUUUUUUUGACUUGAUUGUCGGUUCAAGCUCAAAGUUUCCUGUCUUGGCGAUCUCAGAUGUGUUAAAGGAGCUGCGCUCGUCAUUCCCCGAAUUGGCUAUGACGGUGGGGCCCUCAAAUGCGACGGCAUUGGACACGGCUGCCUUCCAAGGCCACGUCGACGUGGUCAACCUCCUCCUGGAGACGGACGCCAGCCUGGCAAAGAUCACGAGGAAUAAGGGCAAGACAGCGCUCCAUGUAGCGGCCCGGAUGGGGCAUGUGGAGGUCGUGAGGUCCCUCCUGGCCAAAGACGCGGGCAUCGCCUUCCGCACUGACAAGAAGGGCCAGGCGGGAAUCCACGUGGCGGUCAAAGGGCCGAGUUUGGAGGUGAUCGCCGAGCUGCUGAAACUCGACUCCUCGAUCAUCAGCCUGGAGGACAACAAGGGCAACACCCCUCUUCACAUUGCCACCAGCAAAGGCCGUGCCUUGGUUAGUCAACUCUCUCUCUCUUCAGUUCUUGUCUGAUCCGGGGUUGACUAGUGAUGCAUUCAAAAUUAGCUCCGCCAUUUUGGGUGGGUUGUGAAAAAUUGUUUCUUCGAAAGCCUCCGUUGACCUAGUUCUUCUGUUUGUUGUUGUUGUUGCAUGCUCUCUCUCUUCAGUUCUUGUUGGAUCCGGGGUUGACUAGUGGUGCAUUCAAAAUCAGCUCCCCCAUUUUGGGUGGGUAGUGAGAAAAUCGUUUCUUCGACAGCCUCCGUUGACCUGGUUCUUCUGUUUGUUGUUGUUGUUGCUGCAUGCUCUCUCUCUCUCUCUCUCUCUCUCUCUCUCUCUCUCUCUCUCUCUUCAGUUCUUGUUGGAUCCGGGGUUGACUAAUGGUGCAUUCAAAAUCAGCUCGUCCAUUUUGGGUGGGUGGGUAGUAAAAAAAGAAAAAGUGUUUCUUUGACAGCCGCCGUUGACCUGGUUCUGGAUGCAGAUGGUUCAAUGUCUACUGGGCGUGGAGGGGGUCAACGUGAAUGCAUUCAACAGGGCAGGCGAGACGGCCUUCGACAUCUCGCAGAAGUCGUGUGCGGGCAACGGGGAGAUCCCCGAGCUGCUGAGGACGGCCGGCGGCGUGGCGGCGGCGGAGCACGAGAACCCGCCGAGCCCCGCCAAGCAGCUGAAGAGGACGGUCAGCGACAUCAAGCACGACGUCCAAUCCCAGCUGCAGCAGACGCAGAAGACCGGAUUUCACGUGCAGAGGAUCAAGAAGCGGCUGAAGAAGCUCCACAUCGGGGGGCUGAACAACGCGAUCAACUCCAACACGGUGGUGGCGGUGCUCAUCGCCACCAUCGCCUUUGCCGCCAUCUUCACCGUCCCCGGCGAGUACGUGGAGUCAGAGACGGAGGGGUACUCGCUCGGAGAAGCCUACAUCGCCACCAACGCCGCCUUCGUCAUCUUCUUCGUCUCCGAUUCGCUGGCGCUGUUCAUCUCCCUGGCGGUGGUCGUGGUGCAGACCUCCAUCGUUGUCAUCGAGCAGAAGGCCAAGAGGCAGAUGGUGUUCGUCAUCAACAAGCUCAUGUGGCUGGCCUGCCUGUUCAUCUUCGUGGCCUUCGUCUCCCUCACGUAUAUUGUGGUCGGUCGCCGGAACUGGUGGCUCACCGUGGCGACCACCGUCGUCGGCGCCAUCAUCAUGCUGACCACCCUCGGAUCGAUGUGCUACUGCAUCAUCACGCACAGGCUGGAGCAGAAGAACAUGAGGAAUCUGAGGAGGAACUCCAUGAGCCAGUCUCAUUCAUUGUCCGCUCAUGUCGAUUCUGAUUCAGACAUACUCAACAGUAUUUAUGCUCUGUAG